AUUGCCAGAGGAGGAUUGUCAUGAAACAGUGUUUGCUCUCGUCAGUUCGUUGUGCGCUGUAUUUAAAAGCGAAAGUUAGUGAGGUUGUGUUCCCGUUUUUGCCACGAUGACAAUCGAUCUGUACUGUCACGUAGUGGCACCCGUCUGUCGAUCGGUGAUGAUGCUGGCCCAAGCCCUCGGAAUCGAACUGAACCUAAUCGAAACGGAUGUGCUGAAGGGCGAUCAACACAAGCCAGACUUUUUAGCGCGGAACCCGCAGCAUUGUAUUCCAAUGUUGGUGGAUGGCGACGUAGUUAUCUGGGAAUCGAAUGCCAUUCUGAUGUAUCUGGCUGAAAAAUAUGGAACCGUGGAUAAAAUGUACUAUCCGAGAGAUAUCGUCGAGCGAGCGACCGUGAAUAGAUUGCUGUUCUUUCAAAUUGGCACGCUUCACCGAGCACUAUCCCAAUACUACUAUCCAAUUUUGACCGGAAUUGGCGAAGGAAGACCGGAAGAUUUUCGAAAGGUUCAAGAUGCUGUAAAAGUGAUGGAUAGAUUUCUCGACGGUAAUAAAUGGUUAGCAGGCGAGCAGCUGACGGUAGCUGACUUCAGUACGGUCGUCAGUGUUGCAUCCCUGGACGGAGUGAUAAAGUUCGAUUUGAGCGCUUAUAAAAAUGUGUUUCGCUGGUACCAACAGUGUAAGAAGGAAUUACAAGGAUUCCAAUCGCUCACAAUGGAAGCCGUUGCUCGAUCGAAGGAAUGCAUAGAAGCAUACAAGAGGUUCAAGAGAAAUGAAUUUGCACGAGCUCAAGAAGAAGAUUGUGAGGCUGCUGGUUGCAGUACUAGUGGUACUAGAAGCGAUAGUAGUAGACCCCCUUGUACAGAUUAA